AUGCAUCCUCCCAGAAGAUUGAUUGUGUUCUUUCUCGCUUUGUGCUUUAACCGACACGCCUACUCCCAGGACACUUAUCCCAAUGGAGAGAGAAGCGACAAAGAGCUUGCGGAGUGGGAGAAGAGACCAAAUGCCACGGGAAGCUGGCCAUUCUAUGGCGUUGACGUUUCGGUGCCAAUGCUGAACCCCCCAGACCCGAAUGUGUACGGUGAAGGCAACGGAUGGAGCUUCGACAUUGUUAGUGGGUUUAAUGUGAGCGGUCUUACAGCUGGAAACAACAAUCCGACCAAAAUCAGAGUGACGGGUCCAGAGAACGCUUUCGAAGUGAAGAAUUCAACAAAUGCCAGCGCAGACUAUAAUGUUUGUAUGCACAUCUUUCGAAGGCCUGCUUGGAGUGUGGACCAGGCGAAAAAGCUCCUCGAAGAUAAGGAGGGGUCCUGUAACGGAGUAGUAUCAGACCAAUGCCUGAGAGAGUUGAAACAAAGAGCAGAGAGCUCAGGAUGCCGAACUGGCGCUUUUGAUAUGGACGAACCUGAAAGCUGCAGAGGCGUAACGGACGGUUUGGGGGACAGGUCGUGGACGGAUUUGACACCAGCAUUGGCGAAGUCGGUCAACGGGACGAAACCGUCGAUUCCGGUAUAUAUAUCGUAUACCAUUCCUCUCCACGAAUCGACAAACUCAAGGUUCGCACAUACUUACGACGAGGCAAUGAACCAGGUUUUCAUGAUGCUGCUCGCCUACAAGUAUGAUGACGGAAGAAAUCGCUCAGACUACAGCGCGUUUCGGUGUAUCCACGCCAAUAACAUUGCGGAGGGCAGCCGUGAGCCAGGUAUACCAGCUGAAAGCUGGUCCAACAGGCUUCUUUGGUCAUUCCCAUCUAUUGCUGCCGGCAUGGCGCUUACCUUGGUUAUUUCUCUGUGGACUUGA